AUGCAGCAGCAGCAGCCAGAACAAAUCGAAAACUCCAGCCGUGCAUCUCGUUUGCCUGUCAACCCGCGACGGCACAAGGUAGCGCCAGAGCAACGGAAGCGUGUUGCAACAGCGUGCAAUAGCUGCAAUGUCCGCCGCAUCAAAUGCUCCGGUGAGAGACCGUGCCGCCAAUGCCGCAGCUCAUCACGAGAAUGCCAGUAUCCCACCGUGAUCGAGAAAGUCUCCGUGGCUCGGAACGAUCUAGAUGAUCUGAGGAGGAAGCUUGAGAUUGCAGAACGGGCUCUGCAGAUUGCCGUACCCGACGACGUUGCGAGACGGCAACUGUUGCAACAGGAUGUCGACGUGAAGGGGUCUCGUGCCGGCUCGGCUCCGUCCCUUACACCCCCAGAGCCCCAUGAUUCUUACGGGGAAGCCAGUAACGAGAUUGUCGCUGAGACCGCUGAUGGACGCACACUGCACGACCAGGAUGGAAGAGCCCGUUUUCUUGGCGAGACCUCUGGCGCAACAUUCCUUGACUACCUCAAGGAGUUCAUGUCCACCGUCUUGCCACUUGCUUACAACCCGCAAUGGCUGUCACCGACGCCAACUAGCGGUUUGACAUUUCUUUCUUCCCUUGGCAGUUAUCAGACAUACGACUCUCGUCCGAUUGAGGUUGAGUCGAACGUGGACCCUCUUUCACUGCCUUCUCGGGACGAAAUGGCUGGUAUGCUUGCCGACCUCCGAAACUUCAUCCAAGACGGCAACAGCGAAUUCCCGUGCGGCGGCAUCUACUGGUGGGGCGAUCUCAGCCAACCACCGCCAGCGCCCACCGUGUCUGGCGACGUGAAGCCCGAGGUGUUUCCGUCCGGGACCUCUCAACAGGUCGUCUCCGACAACUAUCGUCAUCUUGCAUUCUACCAUACCGCCUUUGCCGUCGCCUGUCAAGCCAAUACCACGGCGAGUUCGAUGCUGGUCCCAAAAGAUUUGAGCCAGAUUUACUUCGCCCGCGCCCGCCUUCUCCUAGGUAACCCUCUCGAUAUCACCCGGUAUACCAUCAGCGACGUUGCUGUUCUAGCACUGAUGGGCUUCUACCUUAUCGAGAUGAACCGCCGCGAUGCAGCCUACGUCUACGUAAGCAAUGCCAUGCAUAUAUCCAUUAUGCACGGCGCCCACCGUGGCUGGGUCGACGAGCGUGGGAAACGCGUUUUCUGGACUCUUUAUAUUCUCGAUCGCUGGUUGAGCUGUCUUAUGGGCCGUCCUCCCAUUAUCAUGGACGAUGCUAUCCGGCUACCACUGCCUUGCGAUGAUCUUGAAAAGCCAGGAUCUUUACCCCCUGCAGCCGGCCUUCGAGCCCACGUCGAGCUGGCCCGCAUUUCGGGCCACAUUGUCUGCAACACGUAUAGAGUCGCCCCCUGGGAUCGUGGUCCCGGAGGUGCGGCGCGGCACAUCGACCGAGCGCUGCAGUUGCUCGGGAGCUGGCAGUCAUCACUGCCGCCCACCCUGCAAAUGUCUACGUCUCAUCCAAGUAGCGAUCCCUCAUGCUGUCUCCUGCAUAUGGCAUACAACCAGCUUCUCAUCCUUGUCGUCCGCCCCAUCUUCUUCGCUGCUGUUAAAAAGACCUUUGCCGAGCGCUACAUCACCUCAGACCGUCGUUGGGAAUUCUCACACCACGCAGACCGCAUAAGCUCCUGCUCAAAGGCGGCGCAUGCAAACUUGUACCUCGCUCGUUGGCUGAUGCGUCUCAACGGUGGCACUCGCAAGUUUUUGCAAGCAGGGUUGCACUACAUAUUCAACGCCGCCAUUAUUCUCAUGCUGGAAGAGCUUCUCGUCUUCUCGCCAGCCACGGAGCCCGACGACAUCAACGUCAACUUUGCCAUCAGCGUCUUUGAAGAAGAGGCCAAGACAGAAAGCAACUACGCUCGGGACUGCGCUACCGUCCUGAAAGACCUCCAGUCUAUAGUUCAGCGGUUGCGACUGGACAGCCAAGCUGUCUAUACCGCCCGCGCUGGUGGUGUCAGUGGAGGUCCUUCUACCCCUGGCCUAACGUCGGACGACGUAACGAACGUUAGCAGCAGCAUCAACACGCCAUCCACAUCAUAUUCUCAGCAUCAAACCUUCCCGCCCGGCCCAAGCCAUGUAUUAUUAUAUCCCAUGACGACGGAGGAUGGCCCGAUAUAUGAAGAACUUGUGGCUUGGGUUGAACACAACGACGCGCAAUUGUACAGUAAUAACUAUUCCAUAUAA